AUGCCACCAAUUCCAGACGAGAUCCUGCGUCCAAGCGGAGAAACGUUGAGCGCAUCGUACUCGCAGCUUUCGGAGAUCAAUGGCGAUGCACACUUAGCACCAGAGCGACCUCCGUUUUCAUGGGGUAAAUUCCGGUCCUUCGUGGGGCCUGGGUGGCUCAUGAGCAUGGCUUACCUGGAUCCGGGCAACCUCGAAGCAGACCUUCAAAGCGGUGCAUACUCGCGCUACGAGAUCCUGCUGGGCUCCUGCACGGGACGUCACUUGGCUGAGCUGUGUCGAGCCGAGUAUCCACGUUUCGUCACGUAUGCCGUGUGGGUCAUGAUGGAGCUGGUGAUCAUCGGUUGUGACAUCCAAGAGGUACUGGGUACGGCCAUUGCACUACAGAUCCUGUUUGGACUGCCCUUGUGGAUCGGUUGCUUGAUAACAGCGCUGGAUACGUUCACCUUCCUCGCUAUCGACCGACACGGGGACAACAAGAGUAGUCGCCUGCUCGAAACCUUCUUCAUGGGGCUCAUCGGAAUCAUGUGCGCGUGCUUCUUCGUCGAUUUUACAGUCAGUAAACCUAGCGGCACUGAAAUCGCCAAAGGUAUUGCCAUCCCACGCAUUGACGACCAGAACGUGAUGCAAGCUGUUGGCAUGCUCGGCGCCAUCAUCAUGCCGCAUAACGUCUAUCUGCACUCAGCACUUGUCCAGUCUCGCAGUCGACGUGGCGCGGGUACCGAUCCUGUCAAAGAAGCCAACUUUUAUUUCGGAUUGGAGGCGGUUCUGGCACUAUUUGUGAGUUUCCUCAUCAACAUGUUCGUUAUUUCUGCGUUUGCCAGCAACUUUUACAGCGAGCAGUGCGACCAGCUAGCUGCAGAUCCGUCGUCCGAUGUCUACGGUGCAGGCAUCCAAACAGCCUGUAUACCCGCUGCUGCUGCGUUAGUAUCAGGCAACGAUAUUUACAGCGCCUCAACCGGACUCGUUUGCAGCAUUGAAAACGGUGUAGUAGCGGUGGCGUGCACCCGGUGCUAUACGAUAAAGCAUAUCGGGAAUUAUUGCCAGCAAGUUGGAUUAAAGGAAGCGGGAGCAGCUGUGAGCAGCUCGCUUGGACAAUACGCCAAAGUUAUCUGGGCUGUCGGAUUGGUCGCCUCGGGACAAGCAUCGACAAUGACAGGGACAUACGCCGGUCAAUUCGUGAUGGAAGGCUUUCUGGAUCUUCGUAUUGCAGCGUGGAAACGCGUGGCAAUUACACGCACGAUGGCGCUUGGUCCUGCGCUGGUAGUUGCUCUGCUAACUGAGUACGACGGAUUCCAUAGUGACAUUGUGAGCGAGAUGAUCAACGUCAUGCAGAGUGUGCAACUUCCAUUUGCACUGGUACCGCUGCUCACAUUUACGACCAAUAAGCGGCUAAUGGGGCAGCACAACCGAUGGAUCAACUUGGCAUUGAUCGUCGGUACACUCGCGCUCUUCGGAGUAAAUUACACGCUCGUCUUCCGGACACUGCAGCAGGGUUUCGACCUGUCGUCCAAUGCCUGGGCAGCUGUGGCCGUUGUGGCCACGUUCUAUGGCGCGCUGGUGCUUUAUCUCAUGGCCUUCCCAUUGCUACACUAG